CCCACCCCCACCCACAUAAAGUAAACUGUAUUGUUUGCUGCCUCUCCUCUUCCUCCCUGUACUCCAUCGUAACAGAGAACUUGACGAUCGUAGGACGGCAGAAGUAAUGGCGAGACACGAGGAUUUGCCGGUGCCCAUUUUCAACUCUCUCGAGCCCGUUUAUGGAACCGGGUCGCAGCUUGAGGAAGCGGAGCUUCGGUUCGGCAAAUUGAAGUCAAAAUUCAUUGAAUCAUUUGGCCAAUCCCCGGAUAUUUACGCCCGAUCUCCAGGGAGGGUGAAUUUGAUCGGAGAGCAUAUAGACUAUGAAGGUUAUUCUGUGUUGCCGAUGGCGAUCAGGCAAGACACGAUUGUGGCCAUACGAAAAGUCGAAAGGGAGAAGGGUCUUCGGAUUUCGAAUGUGAAUGCUGAGAAGUAUCCUAUGUGUACUUAUCCUGCUGAUCCUGAUCAGGAAAUUGAUUUGAAGAAUCACAGAUGGGGUCACUAUUUCAUUUGUGGGUACAAAGGUUUCUAUGAGUAUGCCAAAUCGAAGGGAUUAGAUGUUGGCGACACUGUUGGACUUGAGGUGAUGGUGGAUGGCAUUGUUCCAACUGGAUCGGGUCUAUCGAGCUCUGCUGCAUUUGUUUGCUCUUCGACUAUUGCUAUAAUGGCAGUAUUGGGCUCGAGCUUUGCCAAGAAAGAACUUGCUCAACUCACUUGUGAAUGUGAGAGGCAUAUCGGAACUCAAUCUGGGGGAAUGGAUCAGGCAAUAUCUGUGAUGGCUCAAUCCGGCUUUGCAGCACUGAUUGAUUUCAAUCCCAUUCGCGCUACGGAGGUGCAGCUUCCUGCUGGUGGAACAUUCGUCAUUGCUCAUUCACUGGCUGAAUCUCAGAAAGCGGUUACAGCAGCAACUAAUUAUAACAACAGGGUUGUUGAAUGCCGUUUAGCUUCAAUUGUAUUAGGCAUAAAGCUUGGGAUGAAUGCUGAGGAGGCAAUAACCAAGGUGAAGACACUUUCGGACGUCGAAGAGUUGUGCAUUUCUUUUGCUAGCACACGUGGCUCAUCUGAUCCAGUUCUCGCGGUCAAGGAAUUCUUAAAAGAAGAACCCUACAGCGCUGAGGAUAUUGAGCAAAUCAUCAAUGAAAAGCUGGAAGUUGUUUUUGCCAAUUCUCCUUCUUCACUGGAUGUCUUGAGAGCUGCCGAGUAUUUUAAGUUACACAAGAGAGCUGCUCAUGUGUACUCGGAAGCAAAACGAGUCUAUGCUUUUAAAGAUGCUGUAUCGUCCGAAUCAAGUGAAGAAGAGAAGCUGAAAAAGAUAGGGGACCUGAUGAACGACAGCCACUACAGCUGCAGUGUCUUGUACGAGUGCAGCUGUCCUGAAUUGGAAGAGCUUGUGAAGGUCUGCCAUGACAAUGGUGCUCUGGGAGCAAGGCUUACAGGAGCUGGAUGGGGUGGCUGUGCUGUUGCUCUGGUCAAGGAGAGUAUCGUUCCACAGUUUAUCCUUAACUUGAAGGAGCAAUAUUUCCAGUCACGAAUCGACAAGGGGGUUAUCCGGAAGGAUGAUCUUGGCCUAUACGUCUUCGCUUCGAAGCCAUCGAGUGGAGCUGCCAUCAUCCAGCAGCAAGGUUGAAAUAGAGAAAGUAAAGCUAAGCUUUCUUUCUUGUUAGGCAAUUCGAUCGGAUAUGAUGAUAUUUCAGGAGGUGCUGAGAAUAAAUUGUUGGUUUUUUUGUUUCA